UCGUUUUUCAUAUUCGUCUUGCCCGAUCAAAAAUAGGCGAUUCUUGUUCGAGCGAGCGACUUGGAUCUGAUUCCGUUGUCUGAGAAUUGAAGCCUCUCGAUAGGAACUACUCGACUGGCUUUUCCAGGAAGGAUCUGGUUUGCACCUCCUUUGCUUCAAUCUCAGUCUAUCUUAUUCGGGCCUCCUUUAGCUUAAAUGGUUUAGAGAUAGCGAUUAUCAGAAGCGAGAAGAGAAAGUUGAGUGUGGAGCUGCAAUGGAGGAGGCUGCUAUUGAUUUUGUGCUGGUGCCACUUGGUCUCGUUUUGUUGACUGUCUACCACGCAUGGUUGGUCUUUAUCGUUAUUCGGCAUCCUAGGCGGACGGUCAUUGGCCUCAACGCCGAGUCCCGCCACCAAUGGGUGCUUUGCAUGAUGUCUGAUCCAGUGAAGAAUGGUGUUUUAGCUGUUCAAACAAUACGAAACAACAUAAUGGCAUCUACACUUUUAGCCACAACAGCAAUAACUCUCUGUUCGUUAAUUGGUGUUUUUGUGACCAGCUCAUCGGACACGAGUAAUGCAAAACUUCAUUUAAUUUAUGGCAACAAGUCUGACCUUUGUACUUCAAUCAAGUACUUCUCAAUCUUGCUAUGCUUCCUUGUUGCUUUUCUAUGCAAUGUCCAGUCAAUAAGAUACUAUGCUCAUGUAAGUUUCUUGGCCACCGUUCCUACAUGGAGAGAUCAAGAAGACUCUAUUCAAUAUGUUGCCAGAAACUUGAAUCGAGGCAGUUUCUUCUGGUCCGUUGGCUUGCGAGCAUUCUACUUCUCAUUCCCUCUCUUCCUCUGGAUUUUUGGGCCAAUUCCUAUGUUUGCUUGUUGCUGCAUUUUGUUAUGUGUUCUCUAUUUCUUGGACACAACUACCAGUUUUACACGGAAGCUUCACACCCGCUCACUGAGGGACGACGGUGACAAUGCUCGUCCCGAAUCAACUCGUCAAGGGUCGUGUUGAAAUCUCAUCAUACCCAUGAUCUAGGCAGUUCUAUGAAUGUAUUAACAUAUAGUCAUUAGAAAUAAUUGCUUAAGCUGAUAUCCUGAUGGUUGAAGACAGCAUAGUUGAUUAACUUGUCUAUAUAGCAAGUUUGGAAUGUAAUAUAUUUGAAUGUGUUUCUUCCUAAUGCUUCUAUUUGAACAUCUCUACGAAAUGAAUACGUUCGUAUACGGUUAUCGAUUCAAAAGAGUGAUUACUUCUUCAUCUUUAUCAUGUUUCCAUUACAGGUAAAGCUAUUGCUGUUAUUUGGUAACGUUUUGUCUCAUAGAAUUCACUUAAUUUGUGCAGAACAGUAACAUUUGCUUUUGAUUGUGGAAGCACAAAGACAGAGACAGAGACAGAGACAGAGAGACGCCAGGUAAGAUGAAAAUAACAUAACAGAAUGUGUUUGUUUGUAACAAAGCAAUGAUAUGGCCAAAUGCAGCCAUGGAAGCUUUGUGGUUGACAACACUGUGCCACAGCGCACUGCAGCAGCUUUGGCAGAGCCAAUAAGGUGGCGUUGACAAGCCCCCCUCUGCAGUGCCAAACACCUUCUAUGUGAUUCUGACUCGACAAUGUCCAUUUGGGGCUGUCGCUCUUAUCACCAUCUCCAAGCUAUAUUUUCUGGAGUGGCCCAAGAAUAUUAAUAUGUGCAAGUCUUGGAGUGGAACCACGCUGUUAUUGGUGUUGUUUUUGUGGCGUUUGCCUUAGAUAAUGGAGCACUUUUUAUUUUUG